AUGGGUUCAAGAACCCGAUGGUUCACUGGUUCUUCAGGUGAGAAGCAGGCAUCGCCGAGAGGUUCUGAUGCGGGCCGCGGAACGAAGUCAAGGUUCCCGUCGGUGGGCAAAAGGUUGGAGGGUGAGUGGCCUCUGAUGGAUGGCGGGGCAGAAGUUGUCCCUGGGGCUCCCCUCGUCAAGCCCCUCUCGCCUCUGCUCUGCCGCCGUGGCGUCACGGUUGUGCUCACCAGCCAUCGACGGCACCGCCGGGGCGUCGCUCUUCGACAACGGACGAAGGCGCCACGAAGCGAGGAUGAGGUGUCGGCGAGCACGGACCGAUACGAGUUUGCUUCGACAGUCGACAGGCGGCGGUGUGACGAGAUGUCGCCUCGUCCAUCAGCGAGGAGGCGAAUGAAACAUGGCGUUUCGAUGAAGAACAAUGCCACCGCCCCUCGACGGGAGCGAGAUGGACGUUGGACGUAG